AUGGAUCCCGACGGCUCUCAUGCUACUCAAGAUUACAUUCCUGUGGCUUCAGCUACCCCGAUUGCCCAUCAAGAAACUUCCACUGCCACCAACACACCUCACAUCUCAGUACUAGAAGUGGUAGGUGAAAUUGGAAAUGCUCCCAUUGUUGCAAGGAGUAGGACGCGUUCUGGUGGUCAGGGAGAAGAAAGAAAAGUUGAAGAACCAGAACCAUCACCUCUGCCCACAAAGGGCUUGCGCAAUCGUCAACCAACGGCCAAUAAGAACAUUCUCGGCAAGGCGGCUAAUCAGCAACAAGAACAAGAAGUUCGAGCGGUAGCCAAAGGAGCCACAUCGGCAACUGCAGCCAAGUAUGGACUCAGAAGACCAAAAAAUUAUCAAGCACAACCUGAGGUCGAACCAGCGCAUGUACUGGCGCCGAUGCCACCUCAGCAAGAUGAGAUGGACACAAAAGCAUCAUCACCGCCACCAUCACCACCAGGCACUUCUUUGACGCAGACCACUGCUGAUCAAAAUGAUCCAACUAAUGUGCGUCAAACCACCUCAAGGAGCUCAUCCCCUAGUGAUAGGCACCCUGCGUGGCUCCCGCCAGAUUUGCAUCAUAUAAAAGGAUCGGCUGUGGGUUCCACAGAUAUCAUACUGAAGCCAGCAGCUGUCUCACAAAACCAAGACCUACAAAAUAUCCCGCAUCAGCCCCCGUCAUCUCCAUCACCACCACAAGCUGCUAUCUCAAAUGAAGAGGCUCCCUCGAUUCCCUACAGUUUGGGCAUUGGCACCAACACUAUCGCUCCUUCCUCUACUACUACCGCUGCCGGUACCGGUACCAACAGCCGUGGUACUAUUUUGGCCAGUGCCCAAUUAGUAGAGUCUGAAAUUGAACCUGUUAGUGCCCAUGUUGUUGAUCCCUCCAGGAAUUGCCUGCCAGAUACAAGCACUGCUGACUAUGACAUUUCUCCCAUCACAGCAACCAAUACAGAACCUCUCUACAUUGCCAUCAUUUCUUCGUCCCUCAGCAUGGCAAUCCUUGAGCCCAUCUCCUCAGCCUAG